AUUGGAGACAGAAGCGUUCACGGUUGAGAAUGAUAUGAUUACUCCAACUUUCAAGCUAAAAAGGCACGCUGUUGCUAAACACUAUCGCGAGCAAGUCACGGCACUCUACAACGAGAUUCACCAAGCAGAGUCAAAGCUCUAAAGAAUAUGAAUUGCAUUGUUCUCCCAUGCAUAACAGUCUACAACAUUUCGGACGUUCAAGUCUGACACUCCCACUUACGACAACUGCAACGACUAUACGAAGGAUACCUCACCUGGGGAGUACUUGUCGCUUCCUUCACCUUGAAAAUAGAGCCCCUAUUCAAAGUCAUUUCAAAGGUGCCGAAGGUAGACUUGACAGUAGCUCCUUUUCAAAAUGGCCACAGCAACAACGAAAACAAAUGCAACGGCAUAUUGCCCAAUACUCCUCCGUUUCUACAGUAAUACGUUAUCCGGUCAAGACUUUGUCUUUAGAUGAUCUUGAUAUCAACACACUGCCGCCGCCACCCUCGAGGAGUGAUAAAAACAAGGAAAGGAGUUGUAGCAGUACGACAUAUGACACAACGGAGUCUUCGGAAUCAGCCUUUGAGCGCAAGGAACCAGCCCUUCUGGACCCUUCCCUUACUUAUCCACAAUCGAUCGUUGAUUUUCGAGAAUUAUACAAGCAAGUGCAUGAUUCAAAUGACCCAGCAGAUAUGGAGAGGGUACUGACAGCCUAUAGAAAGCUCGCAGACGAUCCAGAGUUAUUGGAGUUGCUACAACCGAUCGACUUUAUGGUGACGAUGAACAGCUGUCGAGAACUACUUCAUUGUAUUCCACGGAUGAAUCAAAUAUUAUAUGGAGAUAUCAGCAAGACUAAAUAUCGACACCGAGUCGAGUUUUACAACAUUGUCCUCAAAACAUUUGUCAAGCUAUCUGAUUUCAAGAGCGCCAGCAACUUAGUCGAUACAAUGCGAGCGAACAAAGAGAUCGAGUUUAAUAAUACAGCAACUUAUCAUGUACUCUUGAACAUGUGUCGGCAUGAGCGCUCCUUAAAAAACGCUAGAGGCAUCCUAGGACAGAUGCGUAGGAACAAAGUCGAGAUGAAUGAUUGGACCUAUCUCACUAUGCUUUCGAUCUGUUCAAAAUGCAAGAAUCCUCGACUAGCACAGGAAUAUUUUGAUGAGAUGCCACUCGUGGGUAUUCAGUGGAAUAUCAAUCAUUACAAUGCCCUCAUCAAUGCAUAUGCACAGGCUCAGGAUCUCCAGGGUGCGAAAAGGAUAUUUAGCCAAAUGGAGGAAAGUGGGAUUGAGGCUGAUCAUUAUACGUUUGUAGCCUUGAUCACAGCCCACAAGCAUGCAGGCAAACUUGCAGAGAUUACUGAAUGGAUUAAAAAUUACGGAGGUGCAGGAACGAAACCCAAUGCCAAAGUCCUGUUAGAGUUGGGGCAUGAGCCAUUCGAUAUUGUGAAGCAGUGUGACAAGAAUGGUGUCGAGUUGACACUCAAAGACUGGAAUACAUUGAUCAUUCAUUCAAUCAAAUCCAAUCAUUUCGCCAACAUCGGACGUCUGUUGCACCAGAUGUCAAAGCGUGGUUCCCGUCCAAAUGUCUAUACUUUUACAGCCAUGAUUGAUGCCAACAUCAAAAUGGGGAAAUACCAAGAUGCGAGAGAGGUCUUCAAAGCUAUGGAGCAUGCCAACAUUCAGCCCGAUGUGAUUGCAUAUUCGGCCAUGAUCUCUGGUGCGCUCACCCACGGAACUGUUCAAGAAUCUCUGGAGACUCUCAAAGCUAUGGUUGAUGAUGGAAUUCUACCCAAUUUACACACCUUCAACUCUUUAUUAUCGGCUAGUGUGGGAGAGAUUGGGAUUGAGGGCUUCAAGAUCAUUCGUCAAACUAUGCAGGAACUUAAAAUCCGACCCGACAAUCGAUCCUUCAAUGCCCUUCUAUCGGCGUACGCUCUACGAGGGGAUAUGGAAGAAAUGGAGCAGGCCCUAGAAGACAUGAGGAAGUCUAGGGUAAUUCCCGAUGCGCUGACUUAUUCAAUUCUCAUCUCUGGAUACCUUCAGAAUGGGGACCUUCGAUUUGCAAUGCAAUGGUACUACAAGAUGAUCGAAGGUGGGUAUAGACCCGCAACAUUCGUGUUCAAUAAUCUAAUGGCUGCAUUGCAUGGAUCAGGUCAGGGUGAACAGGUGAUGAUGUUGUGGCACGAGAUGGAACGUCUUCGCAUCAAAAAGAAUAGUCAGACGUUUGAAAUCGCUCUUGAAGCUUGUGAAAAGUUUGGUAUGGACAGCGAACGAAUCGAAGAGGAAUUGAAAACAUAUCUCGCUACUCGUGGACAAUUUUCUAUAAAUAAUCGCAGAGAUGUUUAAUGAUAAUAGUAAUAGUAUAUAAUAUAUUAUAUGUAUGGAGUUUUGUUUUUAAAGAGAACAUUUAAUCGUUUGUAAGUUGGCAAAGGCCAGUCUAUGUCACAAAAGAAAAAGAAA